AUGGCUCGACGAGCAGUCAUCCCUCUUGCCAUUUGCAUUGUGCUUUUUGUAGCGUUUAUGUUUGGCAGGCCGUCAGAUGGACAACAACUGCCGACAAAGAACCCCUCAACGAACAAACAAGGAACGGUAAGCAUACUGUAUGAAUCGCCCUAGGACGAGCACGACAAAGGCUGAAAGACAAACUGAUGAGGCAGCUAGAAGGGAUUCACAUUUAUUGGCCUUUCAAACUGAAGGGUGCCGCAAUAUUACUGUUUUACACGCCCUUCAGACGCCACACAAGAAAACAGUUGUCUUCUGGUUUUUCAGUUAAUCGUCCGUAUUCCAGCCCUAUUGGUUUAUAAAACAAAAGCCCAUUGGGUCCGCCUAUCGUCCGUAUCCUUAUGAACAUAACAACAGUUUUCUGUAAUUGUACAUCUCCCUUUUUCCCCCUCGUUUUUUUACUUAAAUAAUGGAUCUAAAUCCAUUUUUCGCUUUUACUUCAGCAGUGUGACAACACAUGCACGUUGUCAUGCCCUACUCAAGGUCCGGCUGGUCCUCCAGGAGCCCCAGGAACCCCUGGAGUACCGGGGAUUCCCUCUUCCCAGGGAAUUCCCGGCCGUGACGGAAGAGACGGCAUAAAAGGCGAUGUAGGUCACCCGGGUCAGAAAGGGGAACGUGGUGACGAAGGACUCAAAAGGAGGUGGAAGCAAUGUGUCUGGAAUUUGGAUACAUCUGGUGAAAACAAAGAUAACGGGAAAAUUCACGUAAGUUGAUAUACUUCGUAUAUUAUAUUCGGUAAUCAUCCUAUUUUUCACUGACAGGAGCCCAUAACCAGUGGUUGUCAGUUUCAUGUACUUCUGUCACGAUGUUUUUUACGGACCAGUUUAUUUUUAGAACGGUUUUGGCGCGAAUAAGUCCCACAAACCAGUCAGCAAAACCUACAGACCUAAAAAUGAUAAUUUUUGCCUGCUAAUGACGUUACGUUUUCGUUUUUGACAUUUUUAUACCUCGAAUGCGUUCAUAGACAUGAUGGAGAUUCCAUUUUCGCGAGAAAAAGUGCCCUAAAAUGUGCCUUAAAAAUAAACCGGUCCGUAAAAACGCGUGACAUGGGCCUAGUAUGGGUGGUGCUCGCUCCGGGUUAUGGGCUCGCUCCUGCCACUGACACACUUUGUUUGUUUGUUUUUGUUUUGUUUUUGUUGUUGUUGUUGUUUUUUUUUUUACAAAAAGAGCGUACCAACCCCCUGGAUUAAGUGCCCCCUCCCCUCCCCCACCACUUUCUUAAACAGUAGGGAUACAAGAGGAAUUGGAAGAGUAUGCAUAUCAGUGACAAGGAUGAUCUCGAGGAUGAUGAGAUAAUCAAUAUUUCAGAUAAACAUGCAUACUGAUACAUUGCUUUGUGUGUGUGUUAAGUGUUUUGUGCGACUACGGUGCGCUUGAUUACAGCUACUGUUAUAACAAACAGAAGACUAUUUUGUAAACCUUCCCUGGGAUGGCUGGGUUAUCCGCUCGCUCCGGGUUAUGGGCUCGCUCCUGCCAAUGACACUUUUUUUUUCUUUUUUUUUUUGCAGAAAACAUACCUGGGCCGGGUGGGUUAUCUGUAAAGAGAGAUCUUGAGUAUAGGGAUAACCUCUUCGGGUGUCGUAAUGGCUACCUGUAACCAGUCUAUGUGUAUGUGUAACUUUACGUUUCUAUUGAAGAUUUAGCCUAAAAAAAAAAAAAGUUUCACCUCAACGUUUAAAGGAAAACUUUAUAAGCGCCCCCUUUUGGCUGUAAUUUUAAAUAAGCACCUGCACUUAUUCGAGGAAAUACGUCAUUUCGCAGGCGACCUCUUUCGUGACAGUGCAUGUGAUGUGUUCGCCGUAUUCAUCAUACCAGUAUAGUUACACGUACAAGCGUGUAUACACAAGUUCUGUACUUUGCUCCAACUAGCGGGCCAUAACAACUGUUUACCUCAUCACUCUACUUAUUAUUUUAUUAUAGUUAGUCACGUGAUGUGUCAGUUACAGAUAUUGUCGCCUUAGUCUUAUAUUAUGACGUAAAUAGUAUAUACCGACGUUUUGUUCCUGCAAAGUUGGGAGAACUGUCGCCACAACAUUUUGAGCCGAAAGUUUGAUGCUUACGCCUUAGCUUUAGUUUCUUCGUUCAGUAUUAGAGCUGUCUCUUGUGUGAAAGUGUCUAAAGGUGGUUUGUUGGAGAAUGAAGUAAAGAUUCUGCUUGUUCUGGUUAUUCUUACUUUUGACUAACCUCUACGCAGCGGCCACUUGACGUCACCCCGAGAGUGGCCGCUAAACCGUUUAAGCCCUAAGAGUGAUCAGCAUCAAAUUUCACCUUUAAUAUCAAUGCCUUGUGGAACAGAAUGGUCAAGAGAAUUAUGGACAUGAUCACACGAGAUGAAUUUGCUUGAUAUUUUAUCAACUUCUCCCCACUACAUCUGUAAGAAAUAGAUGGGGGCAACAAAUGAGAAUUUAAAUUUUGAUCUUAGGGUUUAAAGGGUUAAUGGAGGUGCAGUUGUAUCGCAAUUAUGUUUUACGACACCUUACAUACUCUGAUAAUGAAAUCUGAUAUGUAUGUACCGUCUUUUUAGGAAUGCGAUUUCACUAAAAAGAGGAGCGAUACAUACCUUCGUGUUGUUUACAUGGGAAACACGCGCAUUACAGGAUGCGCAAACUGCUGUAAGAGAUGGUACUUCACUUUUAACGACGUGGAGUGUCGCGCACCUGCCACUAUUGAUGGUGUGGUGUAUCAUGGUGCCAAUAUUAAUAUCCACCGCUCGGCCAAUAUUGAAGGGUACUGUGGUGGAAUAGCUUCUGGAAAGGUCCGAGUUGGUUUUCACGUUAAGAAUUGUAAGGCGUAUGCUACAUCUGCAGAUGCUAAUACAAGCUGGAAUGCAAUAAGCAGAAUCAUCAUCGAAGAAGUUGAACCUCCGGUUCUUUAAGCUUCUUAUCCUCGAGAUCGGUCAUAAAAGAAUUCAAACCAUCGACGGAUUCUAUCUCUGGAACUUUAAAGCAGCAAAAAGGUAUUCGGGUAAUAGCAGAAUCAAGAGGACUUGCUGUAAUUUUCAAUUAAACUUUUAAUCUAUUUACUCGGUUCGUUCUUGCUUGCUGUCUGGUUAUUUUCCCGGUCCGCUGCGAUUUAAGCGAUUCCCUUCACCCCCGAGUUUCCGCGACUGAAGGGAGGACAAGGCCAAGCACUCUCAAUCUAGACAACCCGCUGAACGAAGCCAAAAUUUCCAGGUUAAAAUUUCCCCAAGGCCACUGAAAAAUCAGCUGAAAAAUUCCACCUCAGAGUCCAAUUGCAAAGGUUCAACUUUUAUUCCCUAGCCACGCCAAGCAGUUGCGUCCCCGGUUAAACGGUAAAACGCUGAUAGAGAAGACUCGCGGGUACUAGACUGCAAUUUGCUAGUGGUUAAGGGGAUUGAUUCGAUCUGAUCCGGAUCGCCUCAGCGGAUCGGAGGUGCCCAGCAUGAAAGCGUGUAGAUUAUAUCAGUUAUACUCCGUAUAUUUUAUAGUCCAUGGGUCUCUCGUGUACUAGUUGAAGAUGACUCCAUGGUCUCUAGAUCACGGUCUAUAUAUUCCUAUAGACUGUCACUGUUCAAAGUUCCCGUUUGAUGGGCUAAAAUUGAAAUUUCUCAAUCCAAUCAUCUAUUCUGAUUUACCACAUGACCUACAUGACAUGAUUCUACUGUUUAUCGACAGUAUUACAUUCACGAGUCCACCGAAUUUGAGUAGAACCCUUUUUGCCCAGACUUUCUUCAGACAAAGUUAUCCAGUUUCGAAAUUGAUUCAAUCUGUCCAUAAAAUUAUUUCUAUAACGUCUGAGUAGGUUUUUAAAAUAGUUCCUAGCUGGAGACGUUUUAGCACUGCCAUAGCAUCGACUCAGUAGCAUGGAGGACGUGUUGUGACAGGUAUGCAAUUUGACCAAAAACCGUCAAAGGGUUUCCCAAUAACGCGUCAAACGGCACGUAUUUACCCUCAGUCUCAAAAGAGUCGAUCCAUUUCUAUCUCCGACUCAUCCUGCCUACUUAGAGCACAAUGGCUCGACGAGCAAACAUCUCUGUUGCCGUUUGCAUUGUGCUUUUUCUUAUGUUUAAUAUGUCUGGUAGGUCAGAUGGACAACAACUGCCUACAAAGAAACCCACGACGAACGCUCAAAGUACGGUAAGUAUAAGAAUCUUUUCAGAAUGGAACAAUUGUUCAUGAGGCAAAAAGAAGAGUUUUCACUUCUUAAUACGUUUAUUUGUGUGAGCACAUUCCGUGGAUUUUUCUCUUUUUAUAAACUGAAAGGUACAUCUUUGCUCUGAAGACAACACACUACAGAACAGUAAUUGUUUUCUGGAUUUAUUUUUAAUAUCUUUUAUUAUAUAGACACGGGUGUUUUACUGGAAAAUAUACCACUCGUAAAAUUCAAUUACUUUCUGGCGAAUAAAAAUCUAUUAUUUUAUCGAUGUCUUUUUGUCUAUAUAAUAAAAAGAACAUUACACGGCGGCUUGAAGAUAUGAAUUUUAUUUUCUUGUGGCAAAAACAAUAUUUCACUCACUCGCUGCGCUUGUUCGUACAAUAUUGUUUUGCCACUCGAAAAUAAAAUUCAUAUCUUCGCGCCACAGUGUAAUAUCCUCUAUAUAAUCAGAUUGUAGUCGUUUUAGUUUAUACAAAAUGAUGAACGUGCCGAUCGACAUUCCAGGGGCACCCAACGAGAAUAUAGUUCAAAACCACUUAAACAUAGCAUCGUUAAACGUGUUUUAGUAUUUAAACAGUGGAUAUGGGCAUAUUUUUAUCCCCUAUAAAUUUUUCAUCUGUUCGGAUUUCCUAGCUGAAAGUCUAGUGAUCCGAAAAUUAUAGGGAUCAAAACUUACCUGUUCGGAAAUUUCAGCCAGAAAAAAGGCUCCUGAAAAUUUUACGUGACCUUUUUAGGGUAAAAAUCCGUUGAAAAUGGGCAAUUUUAUCAUUUUUUAGAUGUUCGAAAAUCCUAGGAGAGGCAGGCAAGCAAGAAAUUUUACAACAAAUGUUACGAAAAUUCUAGAUCUCAAAUCGUCUUCCGAACAGAUAUUUUUCCGAAAAUUGUCGUUGGUUGCCCCUGACAUUCUCCUAAAAUUGUACAUCUCCCCUUUGCUGCGUUUUUUUACUUAACUAUAUCUACAUGCAAAUCCGUUUUUCGCUUUUUUCCAUAAGCAGUGUGACAAUUCAUGCAUCGUAACAUGCCCGAUUCAAGGUCCGGCUGGUCCUCCAGGAACCCCGGGAACACCUGGAGUACCGGGUGUUCCCUCUUCCCAGGGAAUUCCCGGGCGUGACGGAAGAGAUGGCAUAAAAGGCGAUGUAGGUCCCUCGGGUCAGAAAGGGGAACGUGGUGACGAAGGACUCAAAAAGAGAUGGAAGCAAUGUGUCUGGAAUUUGGAUACAUCUGGUGAUGAAAAGGAUAACGGGAAAAUUCACGUAAGUCCUCACACUUGUUCCUGAAUGUCGGUCCCUUUUUAUACCAAGAUUUUUCUGAUGACAGCAUCAAGCAAGAAGUGCGAAUGCGGUGUAUGGUGUAUUUGUCGUCACGACAGGCCCAAAAGUCUUCAAAAUUUAACCCUGUCCCAGCCAUACCACCGCAUCUUUACAGCUGUUUCGCAUAACACACGACCUGUGAUGUCAAAAACGUCUUUGGAUUUGGGGUUUUUCUGCGACGUCAAUCGGUAAAAUGUAGAGGCUCGGAGUCUAACUUUUCCCGCUCUGUGCAUUGUCGAUCGGAAGGAUUUGUUCUUUGAUGUUCUGUUGUGUGAUGCAAACUUUCCACGUUUUACAAUGUAGCUCUCAGUUUUAUUUUCUUUUUUUAUCAUUAUUAUUAUCUUCUUACUUAAACAUGGCAAGUUUAGACUCUCAAGGUGAAGAAAACUGCAAAAUUGUUCCUGUAGAGCUUCCAAAUCAAGAAGAUACACUGAUAUGGGUUAGUACGUUCCCGCCAACAUUUAAACUGCUUGCUAUUGCCUAGUUUUAAACCAAGUAACGCUGGCUACGAGUCCGUCUAUUAUGGGGUAAGCAACACGAGACACACAUAGUCAAAAGAGAGCACAUUGAGGUUAGGAAAAAUCUCAAGUUUGGUGUCAAUCAGGCCAAUAUUGAAAAGCUACAGCAAUUUAAAAACUUGAAAUUAAUUUAUAAGGGAUAUAUAGAUUGCCUAACACACCGUCCAGACGUCUAUAUAUUUCUUAUUAAAUUUUGGAGUUUUUGAAUGGCUGUAUCUCGUUCAAUAUAGGCCCCAUAAACACCAAACUUGAGAAUGUUCCUCGUCUCAAUGUUCUCUUUCUGACAACGUGGAUUUCGUGUUGUUUAUUCCAUAAUAAACCGACUCGUACCCAGCCCUGCUCGGUUUGAAAUUAGGCAUUUGCCGCCUUUUUUCACAAGCAAGGAUUGGUUGCUCUGGUAACGUCGAAGAAAAACCCAAAAUUCGGUCGCUUGUUAUCCGUUGGUAACCUCAGUUAACAAGUUUCCACUGUAUUAUAGAUAAAGGCAUUUCACAUUUCCCAAACCAUUACACAGUGCGUUAUACAAUUCGUAGCAGACAGUGACAGUGAAAUCUGAAAUGUAUCUUCUUUUCAGGAAUGCGAUUUCGCUAAAAAGAGGAGCGAUACAUACCUCCGUGUUGUUUAUAUGGGAAACACGCGCAUUCGGGGAUGCUCAGGCUGCUGUAAGAGGUGGUACUUCACUUUCAACGACGUUGAGUGUCGCGCACCCGCCACUAUUGAUGGUCUGGUGUAUCAAAGUACCAAUAUUAACAUCCAUCGCUCGGCCAAUAUUGAAGGGUACUGUGGUGGAAUAGCUUCUGGAAAGGUCCGAGUUGGUUUUCACGUUAAGAAUUGCAAGGCUUAUCCUAAAUCUGCUGAUGCACUAACAAGCUGGAAUGCAAUUAGCAGAAUCAUCAUUGAAGAGGUUGAACCUCCGGUUCUUUAA